AACAAACAAGAGAGGAUCCUGCUCCUCCAAAUGUCCCUCCGCUGAGAAGACUGCACAAUGCCACCAUGAAGAAGAAGAAGAAGAGGAAGGAGAAGAAGAAGAGGGGCCACCACGACAGUAAGGAGCCAGAGCAGCUGAGGAAACUCUUCAUCGGAGGCCUUAGCUUCGAGACGACAGAAGACAGCUUACGAGCUCACUUUGAGCAAUGGGGAAAGCUCACAGACUGUGUGGUGAUGCGAGACCCAGGGAACAAGCGUUCGCGUGGGUUUGGUUUCGUAACGUACUCCUGCGUAGCAGAAGUGGACGCUGCGAUGAAAGCUCGGCCACACAAGGUUGACGGGAGAGUGGUGGAGCCCAAACGAGCAGUGUCCAGAGAGGACUCAAACAAACCAGGAGCCCACUUGACAGUAAAGAAGAUCUUUGUGGGAGGAAUUAAGGAGGACACUGAGGAGUACCACAUAAGGGAAUACUUUGAGCCCUAUGGCAAAAUCGAAAGCAUUGACGUGAUGGAGGAACGGCCGACAGGGAAAAAGAGGGGCUUUUGUUUUGUCACGUUUGAUGACCAUGACACCGUCGACAAAAUUGUUGCUCAGAAAUACCACACAAUAAAUAACCAUAACUGUGAGGUCAGGAAAGCAUUGCCAAAACAGGAAAUGCAGGCAGUGUCCAAUCAGAGGAACCGAGGUGGUGGUUCUGGAAACUUCAUGGGCAGAGGGGGAAACUUUGGCGGAGGCAACUUUGGCAGAGGAGGCUACGGAGGAGGCCGGGGCGGGUAUGGAGGAGACGGCUAUAAUGGGUUUGGUGGAGAUGGCCCAGGCGGGAAUUACGGAGGAGGUCCUGGGUACGGGGGGGGCCGGGGGGGCUACGGAGGAGGCCCAGGCUAUGGAAACCAUGGCGGGGGGUUCGGGGGAUACGACAGCUACAACGACGGAGGCAACUUUGGAGGGAACUUUGGCGGCGGAGGGGGUGGAAAUUACAACGACUUUGGGAAUUAUGGCGGGCAGCCGUCCAACUACGGUCCCAUGAAGGGGGGCAAUUUCGGAGGGAGGAACUCGGGGGGACCUUACGGAGGUGGCUAUGGCUCCGGUAGCGGAGGCGGUGGUUACGGGUCUCGGAGAUAUUAAAUUUAACUCCAUCUACGGCGACAGUUCUUACUAGGAGAGGAGAUGAGAAGUGGGGUGGUCAGGAAAGCUGCAGGGUACUAUGAGGCAUUGACGUCUCAAUCAGUAGAGGAGCACUCAUGGAGCCAGGACCUCUAGUCAGAGAAGUUUCCACAGCAGAUAAUGGAGACUCUAUCUUUCUUUUGUUUGUUUUUAUUACCAGGACUGUUGACACAAGCUACCAAGUGCUAAAAAGAAAAAAAAACAACAAAAAAAAAACAAACAAACAAGAAGAGUGUAGCAAGUGACGGGAUAAAGAAAUAGUGUCUUGUUAGUGUAUGUACAUUCCUUUGACCUGUGUGUGACCAGAUCUUGCUCGGCUUAAGAUUAAUUUUCCUUUUUCCUUUUCGUGAGCUCCAUAAAAAAGAAAAAAAAAAAAAGAUGUUCGUGACCUUGUGUGAUACUUGUGUUAGGAAUGAUGACAUUUUUGCCUGGACUGGUGCAGUCAGCUUCCUGAUGGUCGUAAAAUCAGUCCCCUAGAUUAUUGGAUUUUUCUGUGGCCUUUUUUUUUUUAAUCAUUAUUGACG